UGUUUUCCCUUACAAUCCUAUCUAUAAUUGGAACACUUAAAACUGGCUACGUUCCAACAUAAUCGGACAUCCAAUGACUUAACCUCCAGACAUUAUUGAAUCCUUCCUCUCCACCCAUCCAUCUUGCACACUUUCAGAUUGCAUUAUAAUUUUGGCCAUCACAAGAUGUCAAAUAGACCCAGCACUUCCCGAAUCCUCCACCGGACUCAGUUUGUUCUUCCUUGACGCCGAUGGCAUUCACCGGGACCGUCCAGAAAUGCAAGAAUUGCGACAAAGUUGUCCAUUUCAUCGACAUGGUGACGGCCCAAGGAGCCUCUUAUCACAAGACCUGCUUCAGAUGCAGCCACUGCAAUGGCCAACUUUCGAUGGGUAACUACUCAUCCCUGGAUGGAGUUUUGUACUGCCAGCCUCACUAUGAGCAGCACUGUAAAGAGAGCGGCAGCUACUCCAAGAAAGUCCAACCAUCUGGGAAGCCAAAUGAGCUGGUAAAACAAAGCUUCAAUUCUCUCCUUUUGCUCCUUAUUUCCAUCAUUCUUCACUGUGAAUUUCACCAAAAUUUAUUCCCUAAUUUACAGACCAGAACCCCAAGCAAGCUCUCCUCCUUCUUCUCCGGCACCCAGGAGAAAUGCCGGGCCUGCAACAAAACCGUGUACCCUCUCGAAAAGGUGACAGUGGAGGGAGAAUUUUACCACAAGUUGUGCUUCAGAUGCGCUCAAGGAGGGUGCAAACUGACGACCUCAUCGUACGCCGCUCUGGACGGGUUCCUCUAUUGCAAGCCCCACUUUGCCCAGUUGUUCAAAGAGAAGGGCUCCUACAGCCAUCUCACCAAGACUGUUUCCGGCAAGAAAACCGGCGAAACUCCGCCGCCGGAAACCACGCAGGAGGAAUAGAUCGAUGCUGCGUUUGUGCAAAAACGGAAAACGGUGACUCUCUGCCGAUCGAAGGAAAAUUCGAAGGGUUCGGCGGAUCCCGGAUUUGGUUGUUGAUUUGUAAGCAUGUUUAGUAGCAUUUUUGACGAAGCGCAAGACGAAGAUGAGAAGGAAACAUCUCAUCUUUCAAAUUUUCGCUUGAAAUCUUUACGAAAGUAUUGAAACGACGUUAGCAUUGAGCAUCCUCAAUUUGGAUUUACAACCAAACAACAACCCCUUGCUUUGUGGGUGACUCUGAUGAUGCUCGCAGUCGCAGAUUUUUGUAUAUCCAUUGAAAAUUAAUACUACAAUUACGUUAAUUUGUCCAA